AUGGAGGGUGCCUUUGCUCGACCAACGAUGCGGACCACCACGCUCACACGCCGCGUCGGGGACGCGAAGUUCCGACGCAGAAACACGCUCAGAUAUGGCGUGUGCGCCGCGAUAGCUCUCGUCCUCCUCACGUACCUCGCUAUCGGACGCCGCCCGGCUUGGUUCGGUGAGACCGGCAACGGCAGCACACACACCGGAGCGUCCGCGGUUCAGGAGGGGUCGGUCGCGGCGACGGACGCGUCCGGCAGUCUCGAGGGCCGCUAUCCGUGGGCUGCGGGCCGCGUUGCCGCUUGCAUCACCGGCCAGCUGCGCACGUUUGUGUUCCGGGCAGUCUUCAACGACCUCUACGACAACGUCCUGGCGCCGCUGCGCGCCGACACGUUCGCAGUCAUCAACCUGGACCUCCACAAGUACCGGUCGCCCGCGCUCAUGCGAAAGGAUCUUGAGCUCGCGUUCGAAUUGAUAGAGCCGAUAACAUAUGUUGUCUUGGAUCCGCCGCCCGAGGUGUCGGGCCCCGCGAACUCCCCGGACUGCAUCGGCGGCGGCGAGGGCCCGGUACGCUACAACUGCCCCCUGAAGGUGUGGCAAGAGGGCGGGUGGUUCCGGGGCGGGCGGUACGUCGCCUCGGGGCGCGCGCACGCGUCCUACAUCCAGUUUGCGCACGUGCAGCAGUGCCACGGCCUCGUCGAGCGACACGAGGAGUCCAUCGGCUUCAAGUACGGCAUCGUGUUCCGCUUGCGCACCGACAUCCGUGUCUCGAUGGAUGCCCAGCUCGCGGCCGAGGGGCGGCUCGGCACGCGCCUCGCGGAGGCCGCGCUGCGCGGCGUGCGCCUGGGGCUGUCUUCAGCGGGUGCGGGGCUUCCGACGCCCACACCCCCCUCUGCGGCACGGGAGGCGUGUUUGGUGAGCGAGGCCGACGAGGGCAGCCACACAGUGUCGGACUGGUUCGCAGUGUGCUCGCGCGGGGGGUUCGCGGCGUACGCGGGCGUCGCGGACGUCCUGCGCGGCGAGGCGUGGAUGCAGCUGGGGGCGUGUGCGUGGCACACCCCCGAGGCGCCCGAGUGCAAGCUACGCCGGUGGCUGGACCGCGAGGCCGUCGCGGUGGAGGCGGCGGGCAAGGGCUUCUCGUUCCAGUGGACGCGGCUGUGCGCCGAUCCCCGAGACCCCGCGAUGCAUGAUGCCAUGUCCAAGAGAUGCUUAGACAACGAAACGUACAUGAAGGACACCGCCGCGCGGCUCGGCGUGGCGCUCCCCGACGCCUAA